AUGUACAGUAGAAUUCGUUGGUUUACCAAGGCGAGGUUUUUCGGUACCGGCGUCACGAGGCACGUAUCGUCACGCGCUUCCACUGAUCGGAACGGCUUGAAGGAGAUACUGAGAAAGAUCGGUCCACGUCGCAGCGUUCUCUCCCUGCUUCAAGAUUGGGUCGACUCAGGCCAUGUCGUCUCGUCAUCCGAGCUCCGGCUCAUCUCCAAUCGCCUCCUUAGAUCUAAUCGCUACGAUCUCGCACUCCAGAUAAUGGAGUGGAUGGACACUCAAAAUGAUGUUGCCUAUGAUCCUGCUCUUAGAUUGGAGCUAAUUAUCAAAAACCAUGGAUUGAAAGACGCAGAGGAAUAUUUUGAGCAACUACUCACUUCUUCUACCUCGCUGAGAGUAGCGAAAUCAGCUUAUCUUCCUCUUCUUCGUGCUUAUGUUAAGCGAAAAUUGGUUAAGGAAGCCGAAGCUCUCAUGGAGAAGUUGAACGGGUUGGGGUUUCUUGUCAAUCCACACCCUUUCAAUGAGAUGAUGAAGCUUUAUGAAACCACUUACCAAUACGACAAUGUAGUUAUGGUUAUCUCGAUGAUGAAACGGAACAAGAUACCGAGAAAUGUUCUCUCCUACAAUCUCUGGAUGAACGCAUGCUGUGAAAUAUCUGGGGUUGCAGCUGUGGAAACGGUUUACAAGGAAAUGGUUGGUGACAAGAGUGUCCAAGUUGGCUGGAGCUCGUUGUGUACACUUGCAAAUGUCUAUAUUAAGGCUGGUUUUCUUGACAAGGCGAAUUUGGUGCUUGAGAGCGCAGAGAAGACGUUGAAUAGCAGGAAUAGGCUCGGAUAUUUCUUCCUCAUCACACUUUAUGCCUCUCUAGGAAAUAAGGAAGGAGUGAUUCGUCUGUGGGAGGCGUCUAAAUCUGUUUGUGGCAGGAUUACUUGCGCAAACUACAUCUGUGUAUUGUCAUCAUUGGUGAAACUUGGUGAUCUUGCAGAGGCAGAAAGGGUCUUCGAUGAGUGGGAGGCCAAAUGCUAUAACUAUGAUGUUAGGGUGUCCAAUGUUCUUUUGGGUGCUUACGCUCGUAAUGGACAAAUCCGCAAAGGCGAGGCAUUGCACAACCGUGUGUUGGAGAGAGGAGGUACUCCAAACUACAAGACUUGGGAGAUCUUGAUGGAGGGAUGGGUGAAAUGUCAAAGCAUGGAAAAAGCCAUUGAUGCUAUGCACCAAACAUUUCAGCUAAUGAAACACUGUCACUGGAGACCAUCCCAAAACAUCAUCCUAGCGAUUGGUGAGUACUUUGAGAAGGAGGAGAAAAUUGACGAAGCAAACACAUUUGUUAGAGAUUUACAUCGUCUUGGUCUUGCUAGCUUACCGGUAUACAGAUUAUUACUUAGAAUGCAUGCACAUGCCCAGAGGCCAGCUUUUGACAUCUAUGAAAUGAUGAAAUUGGACAAAAUUCCAGUGGAUGCGGAAAUUUUUAGUGAAAAAGAUCAAUAA